UUCCAACUAUAAAUAAUAGGGUUAGUGAUCUCCACCAAAACCCGUCUGAUCCGCUGCCCCUCUACCUACGUCAAGAAGAGAUCGGCGCCAUGGCUACCUCCUUGCCGGAAGAUGCUCUCUUCCUCGGAUUCGACAGCUCUACACAGUCACUGAAGGCUACUGUCCUAGAUGGUAACCUUGUGAUUGUUGCUUCAGAAAGCAUUCAUUUUGAUUCUGAAUUGCCACACUAUAAAACCAAAGAUGGGGUCUACAGGGAUCCUUCUGAAAAUGGAAGGAUUGUAUCGCCAACCCUGAUUUGGGUGGAGGCUUUGGACUUAUUGCUUGAGAAAUUGAAAUCGAAAGUGGACUAUAAAAAGAUAAUAGCUAUUUCGGGUAGUGGACAACAGCAUGGUAGCGUGUACUGGAGUAAGAAUGGAAAGGCUAUAUUAGCCUCUUUGGAUCCAUUAAAAUCAUUACGGAUUCAAUUGGAGGAUGCUUUUUCAGUAAAGGAUUCACCUAUAUGGAUGGAUAGUAGCACUACAUUGCAGUGUAAAGAAAUAGAGGCGGCUGUUGGGGGUGCUUUAGAGCUCUCAAAACUUACAGGAUCGCGUGCCUAUGAGAGAUAUACUGGGCCUCAAAUACGAAAGAUUUAUCAAACAAAGCCAGAUGUCUAUAACAACACUGAGAGAAUCUCCCUUGUUAGUUCUUUCAUGGCUUCUCUUCUAAUCGGUGAUUAUGCUAGAAUUGAUGAAACUGAUGGAGCAGGGAUGAACUUAAUGGACAUUAGACAGCGUAGCUGGUCAAAGAUAGUUUUGGAGGCUACAGCACCAGGCUUGGAAGAAAAACUUGGACAGCUUGUUCCUGCUCAUGCAGUUGCGGGUCUGAUAUCUUCCUAUUUUGUUGAUAGGUUUGACUUCAGAAAAGAUUGUGUAAUAAUUCAAUGGUCUGGGGACAAUCCUAAUAGUCUUGCAGGUUUGACCCUCAAUACUCCUGGUGAUCUAGCUAUUAGUCUUGGAACAAGUGAUACAGUAUUUGGAAUUACUAGUGAACCCAAACCAAGUUUAGAAGGACAUGUUUUUCCAAACCCUGUUGACCCGAACUGUUACAUGGUUAUGUUGGUUUAUAAAAAUGGUUCACUUACUCGCGAAGAUGUACGAAACCGUUAUGCAGAACGCUCUUGGGAUGUUUUCAACAGCUAUUUGGAGAAAACACCUCCUCUAAAUGGUGGAAGAUUAGGAUUCUACUACAAAGAGCAUGAGAUCUUGCCUCCACUCCCCGUUGGAUUCCACCAUUAUGUUCUUGGAAGCAUUGACUCAUUAGAUGAAGCAGAGGUUUCACAAGUUGGGGAGUUUGAUCCUCCUGCAGAGGUGCGUGCAAUAAUCGAAGGCCAGUUCCUCUCAAUGCGAGGUCAUGCUGAGAGGUUCGGUAUGCCAACUCCUCCAAACCGGAUAAUUGCAACUGGUGGAGCAUCAUCAAAUGAGUAUAUUCUUAAAUCCAUAGCCAACAUUUUUGGUUGUCCAGUCUAUACAGUACAACGACCCGAUUCUGCUUCCUUGGGGGCAGCUCUGAGGGCUGCUCAUGGAUGGUUGUGCAACAAAGAAGGCCACUUUGUGCCGAUCUCAAGCUUGUAUGGUGACAAGCUCGAUAAAACCUCUUUGAGCGCGAAGCUUGCGUCCCCGGCCGGCGAUGAAAAUCUUCUUUCCAAGUACACUUUGCUGGUGAACAAGAGAAUGCAGAUUGAGAAAAGCCUCCUGGAAAAGUUUGGCCGAGGAUAAAAACUAGGUUGGUCACUGAAAACAGUUUAUGGUAGCUUUGAAUUUAUUGAAAGUCGAAUAAAGUUUUUGAGGUUAUCAACUCUUAUUUAUGAAACAUGGGAAUAAUUAGGAUUCAUGGCUAAUAAUUGUACAUAACAUGAGUCAUUUUAACUUGCAAUAUGCUCUGUAUUGACAGAUUAUAGUUUA